AGAAGGUGGGUCCCAUCUUUUUCCCUCUCUUCUUCUUCUUCUUCUUCUUUCUCUCUCUGCCUUUUUCAAUUUUUUUUUUUCAGCUUCUUACAAAAACAACGGCGCUUACUUACAUAUAUACAUUCCCCUUUUGGUUUCUCUUAAAAGCAAACCUCUUUCGUUUCUCUCUUUAAUUUCCCCUUUCUUUUCUCAAAAACCGCUUUUCUUUUGGGUUUUUUGGGCUUUGGGGUUCUGAUUCUUUGGUUUUAUUUGAAAGGCAACAGAUUGUUUGCGAUAUAAAGGAAAGCUUUGAAGGAGGAGAAAGAAAAAAGAGAACCCAACCCAGACCAGACCAGACUAAAUCAGACACAAAUUUUGAAAAACAGCUUGUUUUGGUUCUUGUUGUUAUUCUUUUUUUUUUUUUUGUGUGUUAGCUUCACCGACUUCUGGUUUAGUGUUUGUUUGAGCGGUUCAAAAAAGAAACCGGAAGCUUUUGGAUUAUAAAAAACAUUUCCUUUUUUUUCGUCUUUGAUUUUGGUGCCGGGUGCUCUGAAACUGUAAAAUGGACGGCGAGUGAUUGAAUUGGAAUGAGAAAUACUUAAGCUUGGAGUCAUCAAAGAUAUGUCUUUGGCGUUGCAUGUGAUAGAAACUCUAAAGAUCUGAAGGUGGUUUCUUUUUAUGGCUUCUGGUUUCAGGCAAUGAGAAUUGAAGCUUGGGAUUAUAAGGUUGUAGUUCAAGUGAGCUGUGUUUUAGAUAGAGGAGUAAAGUGUUUGGAAAUAACUGAAAAGGUGUUUCAAUAAAUGGAUUGAAUGAAAGGGUAGCAGUCCGUUUGGAUGCAAUGUUAAAAGCAUUAGCUCCUGGGCUGUUAAUUUCUUCACUUCUAAUUUUGGUGACCGCGGUGGAGAGUGGCUUUCCGAGGUGUAAUUGUGAUGAUGAGGGGAGUUUUUGGAGCAUUGAGAGAAUCUUAGAAACACAAAGAGUGAGUGAUUUCUUUAUUGCUGUGGCAUAUUUUUCGAUCCCUAUUGAGCUGCUUUACUUUGUUAGCUGCUCAAACGUCCCAUUCAAAUGGGUCCUCUUUGAGUUCAUCGCCUUCAUUGUGCUAUGUGGAUUGACCCAUUUGCUCAAUGGGUGGACCUAUGGCCCGCAUCCUUUCCAACUCAUGUUGGCUCUUACUGUGUUUAAGAUUCUCACUGCUUUGGUCUCAUGUGCCACUGCUAUUACGCUUAUCACGCUCAUUCCAUUGCUUCUCAAAGUCAAGGUGAGAGAAUUUAUGCUGAAGAAAAAGGCUUGGGACCUUGGGCGGAAAGUUGGUAUUAUAAUGAAGCAGAAGGAGACUGGUUUGCAUGUCCGCAUGCUUACUCAAGAAAUUCGCAAAUCGUUGGAUAGGCAUACCAUUUUGUACACAACAAUGGUAGAGUUGUCCAAGACAUUAGGUUUGCAAAAUUGUGCUAUUUGGAUUCCUAAUGAGAUGAAGACAGAGAUGAAUCUGACUCAUGACCUCAAAGGAAGGAACUAUUCAUAUAAUUUUACUAUUCCCAUUACUUAUCCAGAUGUUGUAAGGAUUAAAGGAAGUGAUGGAGUGAAUAUCCUCAAGCCAGACUCAGCUCUUGCUACUGCAAGCAAUGGAGAAUAUGGUGAGCCAGGACCUGUGGCUGCAAUUCGGAUGCCAAUGCUUCGUGUAUCCAAUUUUAAAGGAGGAACCCCUGAGCUGGUUCAGACAUGCUAUGCCAUAUUGGUUUGUGUUUUUCCAAGCGAACAACAUGGAUCGUGGAGCAACCAGGAACUAGAGAUAGUUAAGGUGGUUGCUGAUCAGGUGGCUGUUGCACUCUCUCAUGCUGCAGUUCUUGAAGAGUCACAACUCAUGAGGGAGAAAUUGGUUGAGCAAAAUCGGGCAUUAGAAUUGGCACGGCAGAAUGCUAUGAGGGCAAGCCAGGCUAGAAAUGCAUUUCAGAAGGUAAUGAGUGAUGGAAUGAGGAGGCCUAUGCACUCGAUUUUAGGCUUGCUUUCAAUGAUGCAUGAUGGAAAUUUGAAUAAUGAUCAACAAAUUAUUGUUGAUUCCAUGAUGAAGACCAGUAAUGUCCUAUCAACUUUGAUAAACGAUGUGAUGGAUAUUUCAACAAUGGAUAGUGUAAGAUCCCCAUUGGAGAAGAGAUCUCUUCGACUCCAUUCCAUGAUAAAAGAAGUAGCUUGCCUUGCCAAGUGCUUGUGUGUUUAUAGGGGUUUUGGUUUUUCAAUUGAGGUUGACAAGUCCUUGCCUGAUCUUGUUUUUGGUGAUGAAAAGAGACUUUUUCAGGUGAUACUGCAUAUGUUUGGGAGCCUAUUGGAUGGCAAUAGUGGAGAGGGAACUGUGUUACUUCGGGUCUUCACACAGAAUGGUAGUCAGGAAUGCAAUGAUCAGAGACGAGCAGCCUGGAAGCACAGCUCUUCUGAUGCAGAUGUGCAUAUCAGGUUUGAAAUUAGGAUUGACAAUAGUAAUUCUGAAUUGGAGGGCUGCUCAAUGUCAGAGGUACAGAUCAGUGAGAGAAGAUACAACAGCCGUGGAGCUGAGGAACGCUUGAGCUUCAGCAUUUGCCAAAAGCUAGUGCAGCUGAUGCAUGGGAACAUCUGGGAAGUCCAAAAUCCUCAAGGUUCUGCCCAAAGCAUGGCGCUUGUUAUUCGGUUUCAAGUCCAACCAUCCAUCUGAAUAACAAUCACCGACUCUGGAGAAUCUUCAGACCAGCCACGCUUCAACUCUCUUUUCAGGGGCUUGCAAGUUUUUCUUGCUGAUGAUGAUGAUGUGAACUGUGCUGUGACUCGAAAGCUUCUCAAGAAGUUGGGAUGCAUUGUUUCUGCUGUGUCAUCUGGAUUUGAUUGGCUCAGUGCUAUUGGUCCAACCUCAUCUCCUUUUGAGAUUGUUAUUUUGGAGCUUCAGAUGCCUGAGUUGGAUGGAUUUGAAGUUGCAAUGAGAAUUCGAAAGUCACGAAAUCAUAGUUGGCCAUUGAUUGUUGCCAUGACUGCUAGCACUGAAAAGGAUAUCUAGGAAAAAUGUUUGCAGAGUGGAAUAAAUGAAAUUAUUCGAAAACCA